CGAGCCCAUCCUUGGGGCCGUGGCAGGAGGUGCAGAUCCUUCUGGUGGUCCUCAGCCAAUUUGGACCGUUGGUGUGGAAGCUUGGAGGGUGUUUUUUGGGGUUGAAGCUCCCCCGGUCUCAGCAGCGGUUGGUGUGCCCGAGCUGGGUUUGUUUGUUUUUGUUCCUGCAAUCAUUCCCCUUAAAGCUGAGUGUUGUUGACACAAGAUAAGAUCGGCCGUCACAGCCAUUCCCUCCUCUGGCGCUGUUGCCCUGGAACCGCUCAGACUCAGAUUGGGAGUGGCCGUCCUGGUGUUCCCGUGUCCCCACCCCGAGUCGCUGACAGGGCUCUAAAGCGGCAUCAGUGAUGAUGUGAUACGGGACUUAACUGCGAGUGAGCCCAGUCAUCGCCUGAGCCCGACUUAACUGCGAGUGAGCCCAGUCAUCGCCUGAGCCCGACUUAACUGCGAGUGAGCCCAGUCAUCGCCUGAGCCCGACUUAACUGCGAGUGAGCCCAGUCAUCGCCUGAGCCUGGCGGGUGCUCGGGUGCUUGCUGCGUUGAGGAAUGCCAGCAGUCUUAUGGAAAACAAGGAAUGCCAGUGAUGCCAUGGAAAAUGAGGAAUCCCAUGGAAAAAGAGGAAUGGCAGCGAUCCCAUGGAAAACGUGCUUCAGGAAAGGAUCCAAACCCACGUGGUUUUGCUUCAGCCGUGGGCAGUGGUGAUUUGCUUCCUGACCUGAGGGAUGGGAAAACCUUGACAUCGACAGUGGGCUGGAGCAGGGCCCGUUCCUCCAUCCUGGGAUGCAACAGUCCCCACUGGAGAUGGAGCUGAGUCAUUUUUGGAUGCUGUUCCCUCUGGAACAGUAACACAGGGAAUGUGUCAUUUUUUCUGCUUGUCUGGCAUGUUUAAAGAACAUCAAAGAACAAAAAACAGUCCUAAAGGGUUCCAGCCCCAUGUGGAGGGCUCCUGUGUCUUGCUCACGAAUGGCUGCAGUGAUGAAGGGAUGGUGAGAGGAGACAAGCCUGGCCAUAAUGCCAAUGAGUGGAUGGACAGCAGGAGCUCAUGGACCAAAUUUGCUGGAAGCAGCUGGCUCAGUGUAGCUGAAGGCUAUGAGGUCUCACGUUGCUCCAAUGCUGGACGUGCAGCUGGAUCAGGCUGUGGAAAAAGCAGAGAGAUCAAGAAACAGGAGGAGCAGCAAGGGCAGGGUGGUGGGAAGCCUAGGCAGGGAUGUCCUGCUUUUUCUGCUGCAUCUUCAGGACAGUGAGUGUGAGGAGCAAGAAGGAAUGACUUCUCCAGGCUUAUUUUGGCUUUAGUUUUGUUUUUUGGAUGGGUUUGCAGGACACCAAGACUGCUGAAGAACUUGGAUUCUCCUGGCUCAGAGGGGGAAAAGGAUCUUUGCACAGGAUAAUCCUAGAGGCCCAUCCCAGUGUUUGAGGGACAGCAUGCCUAGCCAGGUCCUUUAUGUGCUGUCUCCAUGGAGGCAGGGGAUAGAGAUCCAUGUGGCAGCACAGCCACAAGGGUUAUUGAUGUAUUGGAAACCAUGAAAGCCCCUGAGAAUGGUCACAAAGGAAUUGGGACUUCUCUAGAAAGGUGGUGGGAUUGAUAACCCAACUGAAGUGCACCUGCACCAACACCCACAGUGUGGUCACCAGCAGGAGAAGGAUCUGGAAGCCACUGUGCAUCAGGAAAGCUGUGACACUGUGGUUGCCAGCAGAGAGUCAUGUGGGAUGACUCAAACAAAUGGAUUGCUGCAAUGGAUGGGGGUAACUUUCCAUGAUUUACCAGCAGCCCUGGCUAACUGGGAGGUCCCAGCUGACUGGAAGUGAGCAGAUGUGUCACACAGCUACAGGAAGGGCAGGAAGGAGGAUUUUGGGAACUACAGGGCUGUCAGUCAGGUGACAGGAGCAGAUCACCCAAAGUGCCUUCACGCAGCACCCACAGGGCAAUCAGAGGAUCUGGAGCAGCCAGUGUGAGUUUGUGACAUGCAGGUCCUGCCUGACCAACCUGAUCUCCUUCUGUGACAGGGUGACCUGUUUUGCCAGGUGAAAGAGAGGCCAUGGGUGUGUCUUUCUGGACUUUGGCAAGGCCUUUGACACCACGUUUUCGUGGCAGGGGCUGAAGUCACCGUCCCUGGAGGGAUUUAAAAGCCAUGAGGAUGUGGCACUUGGGGACAUGGGUUAGUGAAGGCCUUGGCAGUGCUGGGUUAGCCUUAGAGGGCUUUUCCAACCUAAACGAUUCCAUGAUUCUGUGAUUUUAUUAUCCCCUCAGAGGAUUAAUCCCACCACUAAUGCAGCUUUUCAGUCGCAAAGCGCUUUAGAGGAAGUUGUGCCAGGAGAGUGCUUGGAGAGAGAAACUGAAAGUGCUGAGCAGGAGGCAGCUGCCCUCCUGAUUCCAGCCUCUCCCAGCCUGUGCAGUAGGAGUGGGCUUCCCAGCCUCUUGGUUUAUGGGAGUAUUUCGGGGAAAACACAAGAGCUCCGUGGCCGUGCAGCUUCCCAGGUGUGAAACCUGAGCAUUUCAGCUCUCCCAUUGGUCCUCUGAAAUCCAGGAGGAGCUCUGCAGCAUCCCUGGUACCAAACCACGGUAGCUGUUCAAGCAGAUACGUUGGGUUUGCGUGGCUUGGCUGCGUUGCGGCGCCCGUGCAGCCUACCCAUGAGCUCAGACUUCCAGCAUUACAGUUUCAGGAUGCCGAACAUCGGGUUCCAGAACCUUCCUCUUAACAUAUACAUUGUGGUUUUCGGCACAGCCAUCUUCGUCUUCAUCCUCAGUUUGCUCUUCUGUUGCUACUUGAUCAGGCUCAGGCAUCAGGCACACAAAGAGCUUUACGCCUACAAACAGGUCAUACUCAAGGAGAAGGUGAAGGAGCUGAACCUUCAUGAGAUCUGUGCCGUGUGCCUGGAGGAGUUCAAGCCCAAGGACGAGCUGGGGAUCUGUCCCUGCAAACAUGCCUUCCACAGGAAGUGCCUCAUCAAGUGGCUGGAGGUGCGGAAGGUGUGUCCCCUGUGUAACAUGCCGGUGCUGCAGCUGGCGCAGCUGCACGGGAAGCCGGACCCGGGCCCUCCGCAGGUGCCGCUGCCCGGCUCGCAGAACAUCGUAUAGAACAUCCCUCCCGGGCCGGGCCCGGCCCGCGCCCGCCCGCGGCGCUCGGACUCAACCAAAGCACUUCGGCCGCAGCUGAGCGGCCCCGAAUCCCGCCGGGAUGAAGCCUGGACUCGGAUCCUCCGCCAGGGCCAGGAGGGGACUCGGCGUCCUCGGCACGACAUCCUUCUUCCAGCACCUCCCUUCUCCAGCCUCGCGGCCGCCGGGAAGCGGCGCGGUGGCACCGGCGAGCUCCGGGAGCGGCGCCGCGGCCCCCGAGCUCCGGCACCUGCUGCCCCCGAGCGCGGGGCGGGCCCCGAGCGUCGCGGCCGGUUCUGCUCCCUCCUCUUCGCCUUCGGUUCCUUUGCCUUUGCGGCUCCCAGCAGGAAAGGGGGUCUCGCCCCCGGAGUCGGGUGUCCCCUCGGCACCCGCUGUCACCCCCGGUGGUGGCUGGGCGGGGUCUCUUGGGUUUGGAUUUCCCCCCACCCUCUCGAGGGUGGCUGCCCCUCUUCCUCGGCUACCUCAGGGGCCUGGAGCUCCUGUAAGGGGCACCAUCCUGGCCUCAGCAGCAGCGAGAGCCAUGGCGUGGGGGGCAGCAGCAGUCCCGGCCUUUGGGAUCAUCCCGGCAUUUCCAGCCGGGCUCUCUGGGCAGCGGUUCCCCUUGCCAAAACACCCAAACCCCUCAUCAGCGCCUGGGGGGAGCUGGGCCACCCCCGGCCUCUCGGAGCACGGGUUUUGGGUGUCCCCUGCCAUCCUCAGCAGUCGCAUUCCCGGGUUGGGGGAGGGGGGUGUCAGUAUUACGGCAGCGGCUUUCCCGGAGGCAGGGCUGGGGAAAAAAAUCCCCUCCCCUCCCAAAAAAAUCCGGGACUGUUUAUGGAGCGUGGAGCCUCAUAGACGUGUUUGUACACUACAAAUUCUGCAGCAGAAUAUUUUUUAAAACAUUCGCUGGUUUUGGUUUUUUUUGGUUUUGGUUUUUUUUUUGUUUUCCUCUGUUUGUUUGGUUUUUUUGUAAGCUCUAUUUUUGUAUAUUUAAUUGCUAUUUGAAAAUUCUAAUAAUGCGUCUUUUUUGCUAAUCACACUCUUCUUAAAGAAAAACCAGGAAAGAAAAAAAAAAAACAAAAACAACCAAGAGUUUGCAUGUGAUUUGACUUGAAAUGUAAAUAAAAGCAGGUUUUGGAAGCGG